ACACCAGGAAGUCACAGUGGCUUCUGUCAUCCUCCUCGCUCUGGUUCCUGUCACUGAGGAGUCACACAGCCACCUCUGAUUCUGGAUACACAGACAGCCCUCUAAUUCUGGAUACAUGGACACCCCUCUGAUUCUGGAUACACAGACACCCCUCUGAUUCUGGAUACAUGGACACCCCUCUGAUUCUGGAUACACACCCCUCUGAUUUUGGAUACACACCCCUCUGAUUCUGGAUACACACCCCUCUGAUUCUGGAUACACGGACACUCCUCUGAUUCUGGAUACACACCUCUCUGAUUCUGGAUACACACCUCUCUGAUUCUGGAUCCCCCCCCCUUUGAUUCUGGAUACACACACGCCUCUAAUUCUGGAUACACACACACCCCUCUGAUUCUGGAUACACACACCCACCUCUGAUUCUGGAUACACACACACCUCUCUGAUUCUGGAUACACACCUCUCUGAUUCUGGAUAAACACCUCUCUGAUUCUGGAUACACACACACCCCUCUGAUUCUGGAUACACACACCCACCUCUGAUUCUGGAUACACACACACCUCUCUGAUUCUGGAUACACACCUCUCUGAUUCUGGAUAAACACCUCUCUGAUUCUGGAUACACACACACCCCUCUGAUUCUGGAUACACACACCCCUCUGAUUCUGGAUACACACACGCCUCUAAUUCUGGAUACACACACACCCCUCUGAUUCUGGAUACACACACCCACCUCUGAUUCUGGAUACACACACACCUCUCUGAUUCUGGAUACACACCCCUCUGAUUCUGGAUAAACACCUCUCUGAUUCUGGAUACACACACACCCCUCUGAUUCUGGAUACACACACCCCGGGGCGGGCAUGGCGGAGCAGGAGAGCCUGGAGUUCGGCAAGGCGGACUUUGUGCUGCUGGAUAAUGUCACCAUGGAGGAGUUCAUGGACAACCUGAAGCUCAGGUUUGAGCGCGGGAGAAUCUACACAUACAUCGGAGAAGUGGUGGUGUCCGUAAACCCGUAUAAAUCCAUGGACCUGUAUGGGAAAGAAAUGAUCGAAUAUUACCGCGGGAGAGAGCUGUACGAGAGACCGCCGCACCUGUACGCCGUUGCUGACGCGGCAUACAAGGCCAUGAAACGCCGGGCGAAAGACACGUGCAUCGUUAUCUCAGGAGAGAGUGGAGCUGGGAAGACAGAGGCCAGCAAAUACAUCAUGCAAUACAUUGCCGCCAUCACCAACCCCACCCAGAGAGAGGAGGUGGAACGAGUGAAGAACGUGCUCUUGAAAUCCAACUGCGUCCUCGAAGCUUUCGGAAACGCCAAAACCAACCGGAACGACAACUCCAGUAGAUUCGGCAAAUACAUGGACAUCAACUUUGACUUCAAGGGGGACCCAACGGGAGGACACAUCAACAAUUACCUGCUGGAAAAGUCUCGGGUCCUCAAGCAGCAGCCGGGAGAGAGAAACUUCCAUUCAUUCUACCAGCUGCUACUGGGGGCUCCGGAGUCUUUACUGAGCUCCUCCGGUCUGGGCAGAGACCCCGAAAUGUACGUCUUCACCCGAGAGAGCGCCAAUAAUGUCAUCAAUGAUAAAUCGAGCUACAAGAUGGUGGUGGAUUCCAUGAAGGUGAUCGGCUUCACCGAGGAAGAGGUGGACUCUGUGUACAAGAUCCUGGCUGCCAUCCUACACCUGGGUAAUCUAUGUUUUGAGAUGGACAGUGACUGCGUGGUUCUGGAGGAUGAGGACCUGGUCCGGUAUAUUGCGGAGUUAACGUGUUGCCAACCUGACGCGGUGCGGAAGACCCUUCUAUAUCGCACUAUGGCUGCAGGAGGGGGAGAGAUCAUCGAGAAGGGACAUGGCGUCAAAGAAGCAGCCUAUGCCAGAGAUGCCUGUGCCAAGGCCUUCUACGAAAGGCUUUUCUGCUGGAUUGUUGGGCGUAUCAACAGCAUUAUUGAGGUGAAGAAUUACGACGCCAGGAUCCAUGGAAAGAACACUGUGAUUGGUGUUCUGGAUAUUUACGGAUUUGAGAUCUUCGAUAAUAACAGCUUCGAGCAAUUCUGCAUCAAUUACUGCAACGAGAAGCUGCAGCAGCUCUUCAUAGAACUCAUCCUGCGCCAAGAACAAGACGAGUACCAGCGGGAGGGCAUCGAGUGGCAGCACAUUGAAUACUUCAACAAUCAGAUCAUUGUGGAUCUGGUGGAGCAGCCCCACAAAGGGAUGAUCUCCAUCUUGGACGAGGCGUGUCUGACGGUGGGCGACGUCACCGACACCAUUUUCCUGGAGUCCAUGAACGGCAAACUGGGGAAGCACCCUCAUUACAGCAGCAGGAAGCUUUCUCCGACAGACAAGUCCAUGGCGUUUAACCGCGACUUUCGGAUAAAGCACUACGCUGGCAAUGUGACAUAUUCGGUGGAGGGGUUUCUGGAUAAAAACAAGGACACCUUAUUCCAGGACUUCAAGCGUCUCAUGUAUAACAGUAAAGACCCCGUUCUGAAGGACAUGUGGCCGGAUGGAAAGUUGAGUAUCAGUGAGGUGACGAAGAGACCCCUGACAGCUGCAACGCUCUUCAAGAACUCCAUGGUGUCACUAGCCGAGAACCUGGCCUGCAAGGAGCCGUAUUACGUGCGCUGCAUUAAGCCCAAUGACCAGAAAUCGCCGCUGCUGUUCGAUGAUCGCCGCUGCCUCCAUCAGGUGGAAUAUCUGGGGCUGAUGGAGAACGUGAGGGUCAGGAGGGCCGGAUUCGCCUACAGGCAGCCCUAUGACAGAUUCCUGCAGAGAUAUAAGAUGACCUGUGAAUACACGUGGCCCAACCACCUCAUGAACACCGACAUGGAAGCCACCAAAGCUCUGAUGGAUCAGCAUGACUUCCAGGAUGACGUGGCUUACGGCUACACCAAGGUCUUCAUUCGGACCCCCCAAACCCUGUUCAGUCUGGAGAAUGAGAGGGCCCAGCUGAUCCCCAUCAUCGUCCUCCUGAUCCAGAAGGUCUGGCGUGGGACUCUGGCUCGCUGGCGAUUCAAGCGUCUCAGGGCCAUCUACAAGAUUAUGAGUUUUUACAAGUGCUACAAAGUCCGCUCUCAUCUGAUGGAGGUGGUGAGGCGUUUCGAGAACGUGCGCGAAAUGGCCGACUACGGGAAGAGCGUGGAGUGGCCACAACCGCCAGCUGUACUGGAGCAAUUCCAGGACCUCUGCCAAAAUCUGUUUAAGAGAUGGCGAGCUCGGAAGAUAGUGAAGAACAUUCCGCCCUCAGAAAUGUUCCAGAUUAAAUGCAAAGUCUGCGCCAUGGAGGCCCUACAGAACCUGCGGAGGGAUGUGGGAUACCAUCGGCCGUGGAAGCAGAAUUAUCUCGCCUGUGAAGCGGACAAUCCCAGCGGAGCAAUGUCCUUCUCCAGAUCCCUGCAGACCCUCCGGAAAAAGGACAACUACGCCUCGGUGCUCUUCACCUGUCACAUCCGAAAGGUUAAUCGAUUUAACAAAUGUAAGGAUCGCGGGUUGCUGAUCACCGACCAUCACUUGUACAAACUGGAGCCCAGCAAGGCCUACAAAGUGCUGAAGAGUCUGCCGCUGAGUACGGUCACCGGACUGAGCCUGACUAGCGGACAGGACCAGCUGAUCGUCCUGCACACCCAGAAACACGACGACAUGGCGUUCUGCCUGCAGAGGGCGGAGCUAGGCGGAGAAAACCGUGUGGGAGAACUGGUGGGGAUCCUGAAACAUCACUUCCAAUUGCAGCGAUUGGAUCUGCCGGUGAAGGUGACGGACUGCAUCCAGAUGAGCAUGCGCGGGAGGCGGAGGCUGGUGUCGGUGGAGACCCGGAGCGACAUUGCCAAACCAGACUUCUGCAAAGGGCGCAACGGCCUAAUACUACACUGGCCCAAGAACUGAGGAUGCGCCCCGCCCCCCCUUGUUCUACCGCGGAUGGUGCCGAAUAAUUCCUGUAUUAUAAUAAUAUGACAAUAAAGUUUUUACAAUUCAAAACCUU